CGUAAGACAGAAAUUCAGGGACGAUGUGGAUUUGGGUUACAGAGGAAUGUUCAGAGAAGUGGAAGAAAGGAGAAAAACAAGUAUAUUUUAAUGUUGAAACAAAGUUUAUGGUGGAGUAAAGAAAUUGAGGAUAACCAAUGGAAAGGAGUAAUGAAGGAAUAGGAAAAGGGGACAGUUCAGUAAUUGUAUGGAUUUACAGCAGAUUACAGAGUAUUGAAAAGAAAAGCAGCGGGUUGGGAAAGUUUUUUUAACCCUUUACACCCUAGAUUCAGUAUUCAUAUUCUCCAUACUGCUCUUUAUACAUUUCCUAAGGUGCUGACAAGGAGAAUUUGUUUACCAAUCAAAAGCUUCUUUUGUUGAGGAUCAUUUCCUUUACACUCAUGACCUUAACUUGUGAUUUAGGUGUGAUAUUGUAAGGAGAAAUUUGAUGUUAGUCACUGUUAGGAUUUAAAGGGUUAAUUUUCCAUUUAAGUUUUUUUCUCCCAGUGAACUAGCAAAAUAAAACAAAAAUGAUCAAGAAAACAACCCAACAAGAAACAGAUCUUAGAGAAACUUCCUCAGGAAAGAUUCAGUUUUCUUGAAAUAUUAUUUUAAUUUAAUGUACUUUCUGGGAGACACUGUUGAUUCACAUGUUUACAUUGCAUAUUAGCCCAUCUCAAGAAUUAAAAUUUUUAAUGUUUUUCAGAUUUUUUCAACUUGUUGUCAGCCACCCAGCCUUUUCAAAAGAUGAAGAUUUGCAGAAGGUUUUGAAAGAGGACAAU